AUGGAGAACAAGCAGCUGCUGCAGGGACCCGACGAAGGGAGCUUCUACGCCAUUCACGAAGCGAAUGCGCGCGGUGAAAAUGGGAGCAAGGAGAGCGAGCAGAGCGGUGAAGUGGCAAGUCAACAGGGCGAGAUGAAGAAGACGGGCAAGAUGCACUCCAAUGGGGAGAUGAAGAAGGGGGGCGAGAUGCUCUCCAAUGGGGAGAUGAAGAAGGGGGGCGAGAUGCUCUCCAAUGGAGAGGUAGAAAAGACAGACAAGAUGCUCCUACCCGAAUGCAAAAUUGUAGAGUUGGGCACAUCGGGGGGGGUAGGAGGACUGAUCGAUGCGAAUGGCAUGGGGGGUGAGAAGGAGACGUUUUUUCUGACCAGCUCGGCCACCUGCGCGGGGAGAAGUGCCGACGAGGGGGGCAGCGACCGGGAUGAUGGCUGCCACGUGGGUGCCACUCCGGCAGACGGAAGUGUGAAGGAUGGCCAGAGGAGCGACCAGAAUUCUUCCCCCUUCAGCGGUUCCCCCAAUAGCGGCACCCCCAGCAGCGGCACCCCCAACAGCGGCUCCCCCCCUAACCGUAGCAACAUCAAAGCGGACUGCUUCUUACGGGAAGGCGAGGAAGUGACGAAGCAUGCCAAAUUAAGUCUCCCUUAUGCGAAUGGUGGAGAGGAUAGCCAUCUCAAGUCUAAGGUAGGGACAGCAGAUCAUUCUAAUGACAAAGCAGGGGAGGCGAUACACACCAUCCGUUUCGAUCACGGGGGAAGUUGCCACCCCAGCUUUAGGAAGAGUUUCCCUCCCUAUGGCACUGCCCCACUGAAUGGAAGAGGCUCAGAAAAUAAGCCCCACAUGAGCCUACCGAGUAGCAGCCUUAACAGCGGUAAAAUGAGCUUCUCGUGCGAAGGGGCAAACUCGUAUGAGGGGGGGGUGGCUCUACAUCAACUGUGCAGGGGAGACAGCAGUGCCGCAUCGCACCAACAUGGCAGUAACGCCUCCCACCAACGUGGCAGUGCCGAGUGGGGGAGUACCCCCCAGAGGCAGACAAACCUAGAGGGGAAGAAGUGCAAGACGCACGAUGUGAAGGGGAGCCCCCCUGGAGGAAGCACGAACCACACGAUGGUAACCCCCCCCAACCUCAAAAUUAGCAAUCAUUGCUCAUAUGGGAAGUACGAAGAGGGGAAAGACAAGACUGGGUUUAAUUACGUUGCGGAUCUAGUGCCUAACAAAAGCCCCUUGUUAACAAAUUUGAGGGCCUCAAACCGAGUGAGCAGUGGGAGUUGCAACGUUGAGGGGGUGAGCCCAUGCAGAGGAAGCAGCUAUGUUAAGGGGAAGAGCGGCCUGGAUGAGGCGAAGAGAGGUUCUCUAGCGGUCCCUCCAAGUGUCGACGCCGAGAUGUUCUUUAGUAACAAUUACGUGGGGGAGCAUUUUCCCUUUAACCUGUCUAGUGUGGCUUCAUGUGGUGGUAACCACUGGAAGGGUCAGGAUGAGUGUAAGAGCGAGGCUUGUCUCCCCCACGAGGUGAAAAAGAAUUGCCUUAACUGCUUUAACAGCUUUAACAGCUUUAAUUGCUUUGCUCAUUCGGGGGGGGAGGCGGACCUCCACGUGGUUGAGGGGGGAACGGCAUCCCUGCGAGGCUGCCUAGAUGAGUACCGAAGCGGUUGCAGCGAUCGAGCGGGGGAGAGUAGCAGUCAUCAUGACGGUCGUGCCAAUUGCGUUGCCAGUGGGAAGGUCACUGUGUUAGGCAGCUUCGACAGGGACGAGGCAAAACUGAAGUUCCCACAUGGGGGAGGAAUUUUAGCCGCGGAGGGGGAGUUGACCAGGGAGAGGUCCCUCCCAAGUGAGGAGCAUUCAAAGUAUAUGCACCCCUCCGGCGAUAAGCACAUGCAGAUGAUUGCCCGGAGGAAGAGCCAUGAGCGUCAGGGAGGAGUCCACAGCGAGGGCAACCGCCACUGCAAUGGAGGCUGCGAAGAAGCGCGUGGGCACCGGUUCUCUCAAGGAUCAAAUAACGGGUCGACUCCCAACCGACGGCAAUCACAAAUCAGAAGCGAUAGGAGUAGUGCACCCCUGGCCGAGUACGCACAUGGCAACCGCGACGAUUUAAGUAAAAACAGGAAAGAAGACAGCAUCAACAGUUUCCCCUUCAGUGUGUAUGAUCAUCCCACCUGGGGGACCGAGAGAGGCAAAGCCAAUAUGUGUGAAGAGGGGUCGGACGUUUUUCUAAACUACCACUGUAUGAACAUGCAAGGGGGGAGGAAGCUUGUCGGGUUUAGUAACCACGCAGGGUGCACUACAUCCGUGGGAGACCCCCCGGGUGGCAGACGUUUCGAGGGGGUCGACAGGCAUGACUCCAGGUGUAUGGUGCGUAGAGGAGGAUGUCCAGGCGGGGAAAGCAAUGCAGCAGUUGACGGGGUUAUUAACGCACCGCUUGACGGGGCUAUCAAUGCAGCACUUGACGGGGCUAUCAGCGCACCGCUUGGAGGAAUUCCCCCUCGGGGGGGAGAGGAGACCCACCUCGCAGAAGGCAAUAGACACACGGCCAGCAACAACCAGGUACUCUUUAGCAGUGGCAAGGGGCAGCUUAAUGGGUACAACUGUGUGAGUAUGGGCAGUGCUAGGGGGAAAAGAUCUUCGGAUGACCUCAGCAAUUUGGUGAAGACGCACGAGGAAGACUCAUUCAGUGUGGUGGCCGCCCCCCCCGUGGGUAACUCAGCGCAGAAUGACUCCUAUGAGGGAGACGAUUUAGUGUUUACAAAGGGGGAGUUGGAGGAGGCGGGGUACUUGAAGUUUGAAGGGGAGUUCGGGGAGGAUUUCUUUUUCGAGGAGGGCCUAAGCGGGAUUGGCCCCGUUGCGGCGCGUGAGGACUGCCCAGAAGAUAGUCUCAAACGUGGUGAACAUCGCAAACAUGGGGAAGAUCAAGAACAUGGCGAGGGUCGAGGCGAGCACUUCGACAGCCGCGCCGACAAGGGAGACGACGAGUUUGACGCAAACUACAGCAACAGCGGCACGACCAACGUGAGCUGCAACGCCCUGGAGAGCAACCAGAUGGCCAAGAGCAACGAGGCCGCGAGCGGGGGGGUGCAAAGCGGGGCCUUUAAGGACAGCGCGAAGGUGGCACUGCUGGGAGGGGGGGCAGACGAAGAAGGAGACGAAGCGGCAGGGGAAGCGGUAGACGAUGGACUGUCCUACGAACCAUGUGACGACAGCCUUGUGGACGACGGCUUUAACCUAUUCAUUAGCAGCGAGGACCUCAACUUUGGGAGCCUCUGUUAUACCGGCAGGGGUCUACCAGAUGGAGGCGCAAAUGGCGUGGGGAAGAGCGGGGCUCAUUUCUGCCCGGACGAAAGAGGCGCAGGUGACAAACCAGAUGAUGAUUAUCUGCGUGAUGCACCCGGUGAUAAGUAUCUACGUGAUCCACCCGGUGAUGAUUAUCUGCGUGAUGCACCUGGUGAUGAUUGUCUACAUGAUCCACCCGACGACGACCGGGAAGACGUCGUGAGGAACCUACUCUACAGUGACUCCUACCUGCACCUGAACGAUUUGGGGAACCUGCCCAAGGAACCCCCCACCUCCAGACCAAAGCCAGUUUUUUCGGCCAACUGCUACAGCACCUGUGCAGGCGAAAGUGGCGACAGCGAUUCCUUCAUGACCUACAUAAAAAAGUUCCUGAAAAAUAACUACCUCAAUGACCACAAGAACUACAUGGAGUUGUAUUACCAGACGGAGGGGGCAGCAGACCCGGGGGAGAGCGACGAGUAUGCAGGGGGGGCGGCAGCAGCGGGAGCGGCGGCGGAGGGAGACAGCCGCGUCGACGAAGAACCGAGUGACCCCCCUCGCGCAGAUGAGUCCAAUCGGACAGGCCUCCGAACUGGCCUGGUGAAGAACCUACUCAACUGCAAAGACGUCAGUGUGGAGGCCCCCUCCAGUGCGAGCUACCUGGCCGGUUUGCACUCCUCUGGUCGGCCAGGCGAGAACGUCCACGUGGGUUCCCACAUGGGUUGCCAGGUUGGUUCCCGCGUGGGCUCCCGCGUGGACCUCCACCUGGGUGCUCACUUCAGCUUCGAUGUGGAGCCCCAGAACGACGGCGCCAGCGGUGCGCUGGGGGGAGGAAUCCCACCCUUCGAUGCAGAUAAGAUGAGCAGCCCGAAAAAACAAGACGAGGGGGACUACCACCAAGCGAACUUUGCAUGUGGCUCCUGCAUAAGUCACGUCUUCAAAUCCUUGGACCAAACGCACAACGGUGUGCUCGCCUCCCAUGCUAGAGGCAGCGUCAAUCCGCACUACGACGUGGGAGGCAUUUCCGUGGAGCAGAUGGAGCCGCUGGCCUACUCCGGCGUUUACCAUUUGGUGCAGGAGGAGGGGAGUGAUGUGGCAGGUGACAAGGGUGAAGUGGACGCCCAGGUGGAGAUGCAGGUGAACACGCAGGUGAACGCUCAGGUGAGCACCCAGGUGGACCCCCAAGUUAGCAUCCUGCCCAGUGAGAGGAGGCGAGUGGGCGCGCCCUCGAGGGCGGCCAAUGUGAGGAGCGCCAACGCUGCUAACCAUGCCAACCCGCGCGAGGACAAACGGGAGCACCGCGAGGAGGAAAACGCCCACCUGCGCGAAGGAGAAAGCUGGGCCAUGGGGCUCGGGACCCAGUGCCCGAUCAGAGCGGAUGGGCCGACGGGCGUAGACUGCAGCGAGGGGAGAAGCGACGUCCGAAGUGAUGGAAGAUGUGACGUCCGAAGUGAUGGAAGAUGUGAUGUCCGAAGUGAUGUACGGUGUGACGUUCGAAGUGAUGUACGAUGUGACGUUCGAAGUGAUGCACGGUGUGACGUCCGAGCAAGCCAGUUUAGGGGCAAGACCAGCAGCGCGGGUAGCUGCGCGGGCAGCUGCGCGAAAGGAGAUAGCGCCUACUUGGGGCAACCCCCCCCCUUCCUGAACCCCGCCACGAUGAAGAAAAAAGAGGAAAACGAUUUCGUCUCCUCGUCCGACAAGAAAAGAAGCAUGCACAGGGUGCAGGGUCAGCACUACGGGGGGGGGAUCUACCCCAGUGGUAUUCACAACGGAGCUGCGAUGGCGGAGUGCCUACCCUUCAGUAACAACUUCGCCCCUUACCAUCCGAACGAGGGGUUUACAGGCAAGAUUAACAGCCUGGACGGUAGCAUUAAGGCGAACAAGGGAGUGUCUAGCCAUGUAAAUUUUUACGUAGAACCACGCGGGGUAUAUUCCAUGGCUAGCUGUUACGAUGGAGGCACUUCCCCCCUUAGACAGAGGAACCAUUUAAGGGAAAGUAAAGCAGAUGAGAAGAACCCACAUGGAGUUGUUCGUGGGAGAGUAUCGCCAAGUAACCGAGGAGGGGGAGUACACGGUGCCAUCAUGACUGAUGGGCUGAGCAAUAGCCCCCCCAUGGGAAUAGCAGCGAAUGGGAACAACUUGCCUGUCUACAUGGUUAACGCGAGGGGCUCUUCAGUAGCUGCGCCUGAGGCAACUGCAACGAUUAAGUACGCCGAGGCGAUGACCCGGAACCACGCGGAUGGUAAAAUGAUGAAGUUUAUUUUUAAUGGUGAGGGAAAGGAGAAAACCUCCAUGAAGUUGCCCAACGAUUGGCCAAAGUUCCAGGGGUUGUGUGGCACACCCGGCAUAGCGAACGUGGCGAAUGGCCCCAUCCCAUGCAACAGCCCCUUCGGAGGUAUGCUACCUUCAGACGGGGAAGACCACGACGAUAACAGUAGUUUGAAGCAGGAGGGCACUCAACAGAACGAGCUCAUUCCAUUUGAAGGCGAAGGUUUUAAUAACCUAGUCAGUUGCGUUAGCAGCACCGACAUCUACAGCAGCAGAAGUUUACCCCUCGAAGGGAAGAACUACGCGCACUACGCGAAUUACGCAAACUGCGCAAACUACACAAACUGCGCAAACUACACGGUGAUGAAUUUGCCCAAGGGGGCGGGUGCCAUCCCAAGGAAGAAGGACGCAGAGCAUAGCGCGCAAAUGUUCGGGGCGGUGAAGGCACCUAACAGUUACCAAAAGGUGUUUGACGCUGCCCCUUUUAUUGGGGAGGGAGGCCCCGCGCAGGAGAAGCCGUACGGUUUGAACAGCGGCAUGGGAGGCGGUUUAGGCAGCGGCAUGGGAAGCGGCAUGGGAAGCGGCAUGGGCAGCGGUUUGGAUGGCCACUUCGACAGCAGCUUCGAUAGCGGCCUCUACAGCAGGAGGCUACAAAGCGUCUACCACUACGGCGCGAGCUGUGCCCCAGACGCGGUGGGCGCGGUCGGCGGUGUUGGCUGCUCUGUUGGCGGCUCUGUUGGCGGCCACGGGUUCAACGCACUGCAGUUCGUCGGCUACCAGAAUGGGGCGGAGAGGGACCGGGAGGGCAAAGCUCUGCAGGUGCAUUUGGGGGCGCACCUGGGCACGCCGCUCAGCAGCAGUAUGAACAACGCUCCGCCUCCCCAUCAAGCGGUCCGAAAUUGCGGAGACCCCAAGGGGAAGAAGUACACCAACGGUAGGGGCGGCGUGAUAAGCGGCGUGAUUAGCGGCGGUGGAGUGACCCCCCCCGGCGGCGCGCAGCUGAUGGAGUACGGCUUCCCCGCCAAGGGGAGCCCCACCGCCCGGUGCCUGUCGGACGGAGCAACGCUGGAGGCACAUCACCUAAACAGCCAAACGAUGAAGCUGAACAAUGCCCUCCUGUGUAGCUACUUCAGCAAUGGCUCCCCCGUGAUGGAGAAGGGCGGGGUGGUUUAUAAAAACAAAAUGAGUGGCGACGAAGGAAGCUCCACCCUCGUGGAAAAGAUAAAGGCGUAUGAAAAGAUGAAGUUUGACCCGAAGGCGCAGAAUGGCAAGGAGCAGGCGGGCGCCCCGCACAAGGGGGUCAACGGAAUGGUAGCGAGUGGAGCGAGUGGCAUGGUCGGCACGGUUGGCAUGGCUGCGAGCGGGGUCAACGGCACGGUUGGCAUGGCUGGCAGCGGGGAGGGCCACCCCAAGAACAACGGCGGCCUGCACUACGACGAGAAGGAAAAGCUGCUGCCAAAGGAGGCGACCAAAUUCGGGAACAAGCUCAGCACCCUUAAUGGAAAAGGGUUCAGCAACCUAAAGAGCAGCUACCACGUAAGCAGUGAGUCUCUCUCCACAGACAGCUUCGUUGUAAUUAAAAAGUACACAGCAAAGUACGAGGUGCAGAUAGACCCCUUCAACGGGUUUGACAUUGCGAAACGGAUUAUCGGGCUUAAAGGAACCAACAUGAAGAAGAUCUGCAUCGACACGGAUUGCAAGCUACGGUUAAGGGGAAGGGGUUCAGGGUACUUAGAAGGGGAGGAGAAAAAGGAAGCCAAUGAAUCGUUGCAUCUGUGUGUGUCUUGCCAGAAAUACGACCACUACGUCUUGGCCAAGAAGCUCAUCGAGCAGCUGCUCGUCAAGAUCUACAUGGACUAUGACACUUGGCUGUACAACCACGGCAAGCCCUACGCGAACUUGAAGCCGAAGACGUAUGAGAAGUUCAUUCCCCUCUUCAAGUUCCACCAGGGUGGAGGGGCGAAGCAGCAGAACGUGAACCAGGGCUGA